AUGACGGUGCUCCGGGCGAGCAUUCUGAUCACCGUCGUCGCAAGCGGGCCGACGCUCUCUGUUUCAGCUUCGGGCCCGCCGGCAACAAGGACAUCCACCGCCGCCACCACCGCCACCACCACCGCGCACUUUACGCCCAGUCUGCCUGCAGUACCCCCGCUGCCGGCGUCGACGAGCAUGGGUCCGACCCUGUUUGGCGGCCUGGCCAUCGGCAGCAUUGCGACUAUGGCUGGUGUCACUAUUGCCAGCAUCCUCUUCAUCCGCCACAAGCGGACACGCCGCACGCAGUAUCAGUGGGUGUCUCAAGCGGACCCGGCUCGUUUGAGGGUGGGGAAUUAG